UAAUUUGCUGCUUCCUUGUUUCAGACCGUCUUUGUUGUCUGCGCUACAGGGAAAUGACACAGUGAGGCCUUUUGUGUGCUGUCCACUGAGAGAGCAGAGGUGUGAAAAGUAUUCAGUUGUACCACCGUAUAAGAUUUCGACAGUAGCAAGGAGCUGUGAAAUUCUAUGAAGUUUGUCUGAUUAUAGCUGACUGAAGAGGUUGACCAUCAUUUACAAGCACACACACAAGAUGAUGUAUUAUACAAUGAGCUCUGAGACAAUGUCAACGCGACCCUGUUACUGACAGUUUGAUUCCAUAGGAAUCUCCCCAUUUUUCACCGCCACAAUGCCUGUGCAGGCUCCACAAUGGACAGACUUCCUCUCCUGCCCAAUCUGCUGCCAGACAUUCGAUGAGAACAUACGCAAGCCCAUCAGCUUAGGCUGUGGACACACAGUCUGCAAGAUGUGUCUCAACAAACUUCAUCGCAAAGCCUGUCCUUUUGACCAAACCACUAUCAACACAGAUAUAGAUAUGUUACCUGUGAACUCUGCACUGUUACAACUGGUGGGGGCCCAGAUUCCAGAGCCACAGUCUGUCACCUUGUGUACAGGAGCAGAAAAUACCAAACACUAUGAAGAGGCAAAGAAAUGUGUGGAGGAAUUGGCACUGUACCUCAAACCACUCAGCAGUACCAGAGGUGUGGUGCUCAGCAGUGCUGCACAGAGCGUGCUGAGCAGGCCCAUGCAGAGGAAGCUGGUUACACUGGUCCACUGUCAGCUAGUGGAAGAGGAAGGUCGGAUCCGGGCAAUGAGAGCUGCUCGUUCACUGGGGGAGCGUACGGUCACUGAGCUCAUCCUUCAGCAUCAAAACCCACAGCAACUCUCAUCCAAUCUCUGGGCAGCUGUCCGAGCCAGGGGCUGUCAGUUUCUUGGACCAGCUAUGCAGGAAGAAGCCCUCAAACUGGUCCUGCUUGCACUGGAAGAUGGCUCUGCACUCUCUAGAAAGGUCUUGGUGUUGUUUGUUGUCCAGAGGUUGGAGCCUCGAUUUCCUCAAGCCUCAAAGACCAGCAUUGGACACGUGGUGCAGCUGCUGUACAGAGCCUCCUGUUUCAAAGUCACAAAGCGAGAUGAAGAUUCCUCUCUGAUGCAACUGAAAGAGGAGUUUCGGACAUAUGAAGCACUACGGCGGGAGCAUGACACUCAGAUUGUGCAGAUCGCCAUGGAAGCUGGCCUUCGCAUUGCUCCUGACCAGUGGUCUUCCCUCCUUUAUGGAGACCUGUCACACAAAUCUCACAUGCAGUCCAUUAUUGACAAGCUGCAGACGCCUGCCUCCUUCGCACAGAGCGUUCAGGAGCUGACAAUUGCCCUUCAACGAACUGGAGACCCCGCCAAUCUGAACCGGCUUCGUCCACACCUCGAGUUACUGGCCAACAUUGACCCCAGUCCAGAUGCCCCUCCUCCAACAUGGGAGCAGCUGGAAUGUGGCCUGGUGGCAGUAAAGACUGUAGUGCAUGGCCUGGUGGAUUUUAUACAGAACCACAGCAAGAAAGGCACCGACCAACAACAGUCAGCACAGAGCAGCAAAUACAAAACGAGCAUGUGCCGGGACCUGAGACAGCGGGGAGGCUGUCCUCGAGGAGCCAGCUGCACCUUCGCCCAUUCCCAGGACGAACUUGAAAAGUUUCGCAUGCGGAACAAGAGGUUAGCAGCCGGCCGGCCCCUCAGCCAGUCCCUAACCCAGCUCAGCAAGGUCGGAGGGGUGCUGUCAGUCACGUCCAACACCUUAACAGAUGAGGGCUCCUUGGAACCUGGCACGAAGCCUGUGUCCAUUCAGAACGGCAUGGUGGCAGCGAGCAGCAGCAUUGCACAGCUGAUCUCCCGUGGCACCGACUGUGCCUACGACCUCACCAUGAAGUCUGGCAAGAUGAGUGACAUGAGCAUGAGCGCACCGGGAUCGGUGUCGGGGUCGCCACCUGACUCCAGGAUGGAAAUGUCCCAGAAGAAUACUCUUGGUGCCUUGCCCAUCAAUACCCUGUCUGUGCCACCCCGGAUCAGUGCAGAGAUGCCACCCAUGCCAGUCUCCAAGCCAAUUCAGAUGGUACCGCGGGGUUCGCAAAUGUACCCACCUGCUCAGCAACCGGAUGUAUACUACCAGGACCCGCGGAGCUCUGCAACUUCAUAUGAGGCUGCGCAGUAUCCACCAAACCUUUACUAUCCUCACCAUUCUUCAGGAACUGUGACUCCAUACCUGCCACAGUAUCGACGGACAAGCAAUGUGCCAGAACCUCCAAUGCCCCCUUCCACCCUCCAGUACCAGGACCAUUACCCAGCCUACAUUUCAGAGAGGAUGGGAAGCUCUCAGUACUCCAGCCCUCAACAGUACCCACUGGCACAGCCGGUGUCAGGAAUGUAUCCGGCACAUUACGAUGGGCGCCGGGUGUAUCAUCCUCCACAGUCCUACACGAGGGAGGAAAUGCGAAGCAGCCCGAUACCAGUCGAUGUGCCAUCUGCUGUCACCAACUAUAUCUCAGAGCCCAGGGACCGCUAUGCCCCUGAAAACUACUACACUGUGAGUCCUCACCCCAACCAGAUCAGACCACCUUACAGGGAUCCUCAUGUCAGGGUGCCACAGCACCAGCCUCAACCUCAGCCAAGCCUGGACUAUCUUCACCGGCGCAGGAAAGAGUUAAUGGCCCAGCUCGAGGAGAGGAAGACCAUUUCCCCACCUCCCUUCCCCCCAACCGCAGCAAUGCCAUCUUCCUUUGUCGAUGUUUCACCAGAGUAUUCCGAAGAGGACCUGAAAGCAGUCAAGAAGUACAAGGAUCAUGAAUACACUGCUCAGUACUCACCCUGGUCUUGCGAUACUAUUGGUUCCUACAUAGGCAGCCAAAAUGCACAACCUAAAGACGUUAUGCCUUCCAGUGGAAUGGAGAUGAACAACGUUGACAGUAAAGGCCUGAGGGAGCAGCUGAUGAAUCUGGACCUUCAGAGGAGAACAGCUGAGAGCAAGGAGGAGGAUCCCAUCAUACCCUUUGGAGAGUUGCCAACUGUUUCCAAAUUCGGUGCUAUUUCCCGCACCUCUAAAACCAGCUAUCAGACGACAGGGCCGGUGCAGGCAGUGGCCUCUCAAGGCAUUGCCACGAAGCCCAUCAGUGUUUCAGAUUACAAUCCAUAUGGAAGCCACAAUAGUUGGGCAAGCUCGUCAGUCUCUUACUCGUCACACCAAAACAUGCCUACUCAGGGACAUUUCAUCGACAGAGAGAGACUGAACAUUCAAGAAGUGGCUGCUUCUGGAAAACACACUGUGGCUCAAAUGCCUCCAACAGACAGGGAGCAACUGAGGCUGGAGUUGCAGCAAGUGAACCAGCAGAUCAGCCAGCAGAACCAGCUCCGAGGAAUGGAGCCUGCUAAUAGCCCAGUGCUGUUGCAGCGAGAGGUCUCCAGCCAGCCACCUCCACAGCACACUUCAUGGCCCAGCCUGAUGUCCAGUGAGCAGCUGAGCUUGGAGCUGCAUCAGGUCGAGAGGGAGAUUGGCAAGCGAAAGCAUGAGCUGGAAACGGAAAGUCGUCCCUCGCUUGAUAUCCAGUAUCAACUGGCACCUAACAAUCAGACUGAGAAUGGACAGUCUGAGCAGCAGCAUAAGGCCCCUGAGGACCUGCAGCCUUCCCUCAGUGAGGGAUCAAAGGUCGGGGCCUCCAGCUUUAUGACAGAAAGCUCUAUCAACACUCUAACCAGCAAGAGCAACUCUCUCAACCUGCCCCCUGACACUGAGGGAGCGGGGGACCGCUGCGACAACAAGCAGAAUGGGAUUUAAACGAGUAACCUGCUCUGGGCAAGCCUGCCCAAACGUCUCAUCGAAAGUAAAACAAACGCAGCACUGCAACCCAACAAACUUGACAUGCCACUCAUCUAGAUGCAAUGCGUCAAAGUAGCAUCAAAUUUAUUUUUUUUUGUUGUUGUUGUUGUUAUGUGUGAAUUAACUUUGUUUUAUUAGCAUGCAUGCCUUGGCUCGCAAGGCAUGGGACAUAUCUUUAUGAUUACCUGGUUAAUCUUAGUGAAGUAAUCUCACCCUAUUGUAUACCCCUACUUCAGAACUGUGCCUGCAACAGCGCAAGUUGAUGAAGUCACAUUCCCAUGGGAUUCUGAGAUGAUGUGACGAAGGACAACGUCACAGAUGGAACCUUUUUAGUUCCACCGCAGUGAGGAGAAAAUCCUUCCACUAACAUACUUACUGAAAGGUUGUUACUUCCCUGGAGGGAGAGCGCUCUGGCAUCUCUCCCUUGUUCAGGACCUUCGCCUGAAGGUUUUACAGCCACGAGGAGGAAAAGUCAGGAAUCCUCUCAACCAGAAAAGUAACACUCUUAAAUAUUGUCAUUUUGCUUUCCACAGGGUGGAAAUUAACUAACCCAAGAGCAGCCUUACUGGAAAAGGUUUUAUUGCUUUUUGAACACAUUCUCUGUUGAAGACAUUGCAUCCUUUUGCUUCACCUGGCUCCAGAGAGUCUCAUGGAAGCUGAUGCCUCACUCAGACUGGAGAGAUGGUGAUUUGGUCAUGAGGUCCCCAGUGUGGAGGAGUUUGGCCACAGGGUCUUAAUGUGGGGCAGUGAGGGUGGAGAAUCCAUUUCCUCAACUGUGACUGCAUGUUUUUGCAUCUGUUGGAAUGUGCCAUGCAGAGGACAAACCGGCUAUUUAAGAUGCUCUCUUUAAGGUAUACCCUUACACAGCUAUCUUCAAAGCAUUGAACAGCGUGUCAAGCAAUUCCCAUGUAGGGGAGCAGGGAAAUCAGGAGCAUUGGUAGACCCAGUGUGGGAAGGAGCUGGGACACUGGGGCCCCCCAAUGGGAGGGACUAAGACCCAGAGCCUUCGCUGUGGGAGGGCCUGGAGGAGCUAGAAAUAGGAUUGAGAGUCCGGCUGUCUCCUAUCUGCACUCUUAAACACUAGUAAACAGCAGUAAAAGUCACAGGAAUCCAUGUAUCACCAGUGGAAAAUGAUCAAAUGAGAUAGAACUUGAGAGAGAAGUCGUCAUUCACAUGGCAUGUUUGGAGCACCAAUGGACAGUGUUGCUUCUCCUCAAUAUGCAAUGAGCUUUGAACAAGUUUGGUAUUUAAUCAUUAGUUUCUCUAUGGCUCUGAUGAGUUAUAUUGAGAGUCCAGUCAACCCCAAGCCUUGAAUCUGUUGCAUUUUCAUCUGGUGUUGUGUGGAUAUACAUGACCUUUGAAAUGGCCAUCAGGGUCCUGGCUCUCCAUGUACCCUGCUCCCCAGCAGGGUCUCAGUUCUAUGUCCCCCCUCCCCACUGUCUGUGAUUCCCCUGCUGGUGUGCACUUGACUGGCCUAGUCAGGCUGUUGGCUGGGAGAGCUAUUGGUGACUGACUUCUGCUUGGCAUUUGAGCUUUGGGCAGGUUUUGUGUGUGUGUUUUAAUGCAGAAAAGUUCUUUUUGACACUGCUUUUAAAAGUGGACAAAGGCUGAUUUUUGUUUGAGUACACUUCAGGAACCAAAGUGGUUUUAUUUCAGACCUGACCCUAUUGUUUGGCAGCUUGAUUCAGCUGGUCUCAGUAACUGUGUAGAACUGGCUCAAGACUAAAUGUGACAGCUAGGACCUAGCGAGCUGGGCAGUGUUCAUCACAGCAGUGCCCAGUGUACCCACCACAACUUCCAUUCCCAGUACUGCAUUAAACAGGAUGGGACCUGAUGAAUCCUGUCAACUGGAGGGGGCAUCACACAGCAAGGGGUUUCCAGACUGUGUUGAGAAUGGUGGAUUUCAUGUUUCUCAAGACCCCCCCCCCUAGUUGGCUUGAGUUCAAACUUCUGAGUUCAUGCCCGACCUUCACCCUUCCUCAUCCCAAACAAGUGCUACCUUCAGCUUGCUACUGGCCCUGGUCAGUACUUUGCCCACAGGUUUAAUGCCCCUUUGUAUGGUGUGUAGCAUUUGUGCCACCUCAGAGAUUAAAUCAAUAAAUCUGUAUUGUUGUCCUCCUAUAUGCUGGGGACAUAGGAUGAUUCCUAAAUGUCUGGAAAUUGACCUGUAUCAGGGAGACCUUCCUGAUCCAAGCUAGUGGUGCAGUCCCAUUCUUGUGCUUUUUAGGCAUUUUCUCACUGAGGGUUGACUCCUGUUCCACCCUUCCCUGGUGCACCAGCUCUCAUAUCUCAUAACCUUCAAUUGCUGCUCCUUAGCUGCAAUGCAGUGUUCAGGCUGCUGUUCUCGAUCAUUGAGAGCCUGAUAAGAAGUCACGUGGGAUAGGCAGCAUCCAGGGACUCUUAUUCCUGAAAGGCCUGCAGUGUCACUGUUUAAACAGGAAAGCUACCAGAGGGGAGGGAGAGAGAAGAUCUUUAUCAGCUUUGCGCAUUCCCCUAUUUCAAGGAAUGGAUGAAGAGCUAGACUGUACAAACUGGGCUGUUUGUUGAUGGGAGGGAGAGAAGAUGACACAUUAAUCCAUCAGAAACCUCUCUCCAAACAUACUCGAGAUGUGGGCAUCUCCCCGUUUAUUUCCCAAUUCUAGGAAGUGCAGUUUUUUUGUUCUUUCUCACUGGGGGUUAGUAUGAAUGAAUGAAGGAAGCACAGUGUUAAUACGACCUCGCAAGGUGAAAGUGCACAUCUUGUGUUGAUCCCAGAAAGGAGAGGGGCAAGGUCAGUUCACUUUGGAACUGCUGCCCAGAGAGUUCUCGCAUUUUCUCUGGGAUGUUUCCAACUGAAAGGUUUCCUGAGCAAAACACUCCGUUAAACUACUGUUGAUCAAUGCUUUGUUAAUAGUAUCAGUCACAAAUCAAAUGUUUUUAGAUUGCUUUUGCAGCAGGGUGUGUAACUCUUUCCUUCCGAAUACCAAGUACGUUGAUCUCCAUCGUGUUGCUACAACAACACUGGGAAUGUGUUAGCAUCUGGGCUGGUAGAAUACUUGGGGUAUAUAUACCUAUCCCUCCUUCACUCACUGUGUUGGGUACAUUGUUUGAAGGGUAUCUCUUGCGGUGUCGAAUACCAGGGUGUGAGGGUAUUCCUCGCGGUGUUGGAUGCAGUGACUUUCUUUUGAAUGUUUAAUCUGUGUCCCAUCAGCUGUUUCACUCCCUUGAUCUUGUCAAUAACUUCUGUGAAGUUGUUUUACCCAAUAGGAAGGAGUUGAUGAUUAUUUGGGUUUGGAGAGGGGAGGGCACUGCUGAUUGAUUGCCAAUAUUAAAACAGGAGUAAUAUCCACAAAUUCAGUUUUUGGCUGCUAGAAUUUCCCUGGGGGCACAUUCAGCUGGAGGUUGGGCACCAGAAUGGACCACAGGAUGCCAACUCUUAGCAGCGCUCGGUUCCAAGUUCACAAUGGCCCUGAACUGUCAUUCACGACUGACUGACUGAACCUGCAUAAUUUCACCCAGCUCACUCACUGGGUGAUCUUCCACACAGUGUGUGUCACCCUCUCAUUAUAGACUUGGCUCUGCUGAAUUCUGGCAGAUUGAGGCUGGAGACACCAAAGGAGAGGAAUUAUCACUGUCACAGGUCCAGACUAGACUGGAUGAGGCUUCCCGGUACAUUCUGCUGACUUUGAAAUGUUGGAUAUGUUCACAGAUGCAAUUCCACCCUGCCCCUCCCGAAUCUCUUCUCCCCCCCACCCCCAUCCAUUCCAUUCCUUCUGACCCUCGUCUCGCCAGUGUCCUUGUGGCUUUGAGAAGCUCCAGCUCCCUGGAACCAAACCUGCGGACUGAGGCCUGGUUUGUUUGUUGUCUGUCUGGAUCUCAGGCAGAAUAUUCCAGGUUCUGUCAGUUUUGAUUAGUCUAUGACUACCUUUUCUUUUUAGAGAUGCGGUGCACCAAGUCUGAACAGAGAGCUAGGUUGAGCGAACGUCUUUAGUUUUAGCUUGUCUGGCUGCCACUGAUGAUCAGUGAGGGCCUCAGAGUGUGCAUGCACCACUGGUUGCACCUGGCCAUCGUGGGGAUGGGAAUUGUUACCACAAAUGGCCAAAUGUUGACGGAUUGUGAUUUUUCACACCGUGUGGGGUGCUGUACAGUUUAGAUUGACAAUGGCACUUUUGGUUUAGUUUGUAAACCGCUGCCAGUCGCAGUUUCUAACUGCUCUCAUCCGGUCUCAAGGCUGAGAAUAUUUCUUUUUGAGAUGCCAGUGCAGAAAAGUCAGCAGUGAGUGUGUUUGUGAAAUUGCAUCAGUUAAUCCCAGACCAGCUAUUUUCUGUACUUUUAAUUCAGCUGUUUGCUAUCAGCAGAGGUAUGAAUUUUAUCCUACAAUCAGGCUGCGCUAGUGCGAGGGACUGGCUGUCAUCCCUCGCCCGGUUUUUAUUGUCUCACUGCGAGACUGCA